AUCUGGUAACCUUCACUCGUCUGCCAAAACGAUCCUGAAGUACACUUGUCCGCUAGUCCUGGGAGGAGAAUGUUACAGCACAGACACCGUCCUUGCUAGCUCCUGUGUCACGUCGUGUGCUCAGAGGUUCUCCACCUCGGCAAUGCUAUGGAAGACUAUUGGAAUAGUUCUGUUUGUCUGUUUUGCGAAGACAUUGGCGAUCAACGAUACUCAAGACUUAGUCGGUGUUCGUGCUGUGAACAAAGCUGCCGUAACAGAUGAAACUCGAACUCAUAGAGAAGAAACCUCAACUGAAAGUUCUGACUGCACUGGGAAAGGUUUAUUUAGUGGUUGUUAUUACAUGAAGUUAGCGAAGUAUUUAACUGGCUACUUGGGAGGAUCGUAUGGAGGACUAGAACCUAACUUUACGCCACCUAUUGCCGGAUUUGGUACUUUGCCUCCACAAGGAAUCCCUUCUGGUAGCAUUCCAGGGACUCCUUCCUCACCUGUUCAACCUGAAAGAGAGAACUCAACAACCGAGGCAUGGGAUGGAUCAUACUCUUGGAAAUUUUACGUACCGGAAGGUGAGAUAUCAGCGGAAGAAAAUGGAACCGUAGAUCAGAACGUUCCCGAAGGUCCUGGCACAGUCGUUAGAGGUUCUUUCAGUUUUUCUGCUCCUGAUGGAUCACAUUUUAGAGUGACUUACACUGCCGAUGAGAGAGGGUUCCUCCCUUCAGGAGACCAUCUGCCUACCUCUCCUCCGAUACCUGAAGCUAUACUUAAGGCCCUCUUUAAAAACGUUGCAGAUGAAGAAGCAGGAAUCUUUGAUGACGGAAGCUACAAGGAAGGUAGAGGCUGAAAUGAGUUACAUUUGAUGCAACAUUCAUCAAUGUUUCUCGUGUGGUCUCUCUAUAUCCAUAUUUAGUGGUCACGUAUUAUACAAAACACUGACUACUUAAGUAAUAGCUCUCGAUGGUGAAAGUUAAUAAAAAAAGGAAAUAAAUAAUGCAUAAUAAUAAAUCAAUGAAUAAAUACAUAGCUAUUUUUUAUUUGUUAUUUUAACUAUCAUUUUUUCUUGGAUUUAUAUCCAACUUCACGAUUUAUUGUUUUUAAACGCGUAUUUCUUGUCUACAGAACAUUAAUGAUAUUUUAUUUUGUAAAAGCUAAGAGUAAUCAUCAGUGAAUAAUGUUUUUAAUUCAAUACAGUAGUACCAUAUAUUUAAAUAACCGCAAUGAAAUGUUUUAGCAGGAAUGUUCCUUUUUCAGUUUAUUGUUUAACUUUUUAUAAACCAGAUACAUUAAAUGUCAUUCUCGUAUUCCACAUUAAAUGUCAUUAAGUGAGUUUCAAUUACAGGUUUUUAGAACAUAAAGUGGUCAAAACUGUAAUGAACGAUAACAAACCUAGCUUUAUGAAAUUAUCUUAAAAGAAAAGGGUUUACCCUACGACAUAGCUAAUGUGCCAUUGUAUCAAAACUUGUAACACGAUACAGUUUUAAAUAAAAAAAAAAUAAAACAAAUUAAA